GUCCUUGAAUCCUUGGUUCCGGACUCUUAUUGCCUUCUAGCCACUGGUUCAUCAAUUGACUGACGCCUUGACAACAGAAGAGAUUAACCUUUGUAUGUGUUUCUCAUUCAAUGGACGGUUGUGCAGACACGCUCAUAUGUGUAUGUGUGCAUGUAUAUACUAUUAAUGCCGUCUUUUCUUCUUCUUUUCUUUGCUUCGUGCAUGUCAGUUCAGGGUCAGUGUCGAACCUUGUCCAACGUUCGAAUAAAAAGAAAGGUAAAGGAAACUAUGUAGCACAACAUAAUAGGUUCGAGUGUGACAACAUGAUGCCAGGUUUCUCUGUCGCACUCGCCGGACUGGAGUGAAUUACAAUUGGUGUACUCGUUACCUCAUUGCCCCCCUUCUUCUUAGCCCUACGGG